AGCCUGCUUGCCAAUCAAUUGUGAAACAGAACCGCAGCCUGCGCGAGUGGAGACCUGCAGUCUCGCUUCGUUUCUGGAUAUCGGAGGGACCUUUCUACCAUGUCAUAUCCACAGUUUGGAUACCCAUAUUCGUCUGCUCCACAGUUCCUGAUGACCACCAACUCUCUGACCACUUGCUGCGAGUCCACGGCCAGAUCCAUCGCCGACUCCGGAGUAGCAGCGUCCGGGCAAACCCCCGUCUACUGCCCGGUGUACGAGAGCCGGCUGCUGGCCACGGCGAGGCACGAGCUCAGUUCAGCCGCCGCGCUGGGGGUGUACGGGAGCCCCUACACCGGAGGACAGGGAUAUGGGAAUUACGUUACAUACGGCACGGAAGCGUCGGCUUUCUACUCGCUGGGGACGUUUGACACUAAAGAUGCCACAGCUUCUGCGCAUGCGGGAAUCACUCAAGCAGCUGCGUACUACCCCUAUGAUCCUACCUUGGGACAGUAUCAGUACGACAGAUAUGGGUCCAUGGAUGGGGGCACGAGGCGAAAGAACGCCACCCGUGAGACCACCAGCACCCUGAAGGCCUGGCUGCAGGAGCACCGGAAGAACCCGUACCCCACCAAGGGGGAGAAGAUCAUGCUGGCCAUCAUCACCAAGAUGACCCUGACGCAGGUCUCCACCUGGUUCGCCAACGCCAGGAGGAGGCUCAAGAAGGAGAACAAGAUGACGUGGCCCCCCAGGAACAAGGGGUCGGAGGAGAAGAGAUAUGACGAUGACGAGGAUGGCUCUCAGGAGGAGCAGAUUAAAAGCGAGAAUAACGAUGAUGGUCAGAGUCGGGCCGAGAAGGAGCUGCAGCUGAGCGACUUGGAGGACUUCGAGGCGCUGGAGUCUGAGAGCUCCGAGUGCGAGCUGAAGCACCGGUACCACCUGAACGCGCACAUGGCCGCCGACUGCUCCGCGGAGCAGCUCAUCAAGAGCGCCUCUCUCAAGCUCUCCAUCCCCGCUCCUCUCGGGGGGACCGAGCAGGACUUGGGCAAAACUUGUCUCAAGUCAAACCCGGAGGACUUCCAGUCGGACAGCAGGCAGCAGCAGGUCAAGUCGUGUUAUAAUAACAACCCGAACAGCCAGCAGCAGCUGUUGGACGGGAAGCCGCGCAUCUGGAGUUUGGCGCAGACCGCCACGUCCCUCAACCAGACUGAAUACCCGUCCUGCAUGCUCAGGUGCCAGCUUGCGUCGCCUCCCCCUUCCGCCUCUCUCACCCCGUCCCCCGUCGCCUCCUCCCCCGUGACCGGCCCGAACAGCAGCAGGCAGCAGGACUCGCCGGUCACGACGCUGAGGAACUGGGUGGACGGGGUCUUCCACGACCCCCUGUUCAGGCACAGCUCGGGUCUGAGCCAGGCUGUGGGCAGCAACAACCCCGUGUCCUGGAGUACGAACACCAAAGGCGCCAUGCUGGAGGCGGCGGGCCUGCAGCAGCAUCAGGACCCCCCCAAAGACAUGAGCUUCCCCAAAACUGUCAACAAGCUGUUCUGCUCCUAACAGAACCACACGAAGCUUCCCGGGCUGUAGCUGGGACUGGAAAUCAAGUGGAUAAACCUGGUCCCCUGAUGGUUUCUUCUUUCUUUUUUUUUCUUUUUUUAAUCAAAAA